CGCGCACGCUUGUAUUUACCAGAGUGAUGGGAGGAUGUUUGGUUAUAGCGCACUUCUUCAUCCGCAGCAGAAUAAAAGAAUAUAGCGGCAAAGAAAACGAGAGUGGAUGUACAAGGGGCUUUUCGUUUUGUAUUCGACAGGUCGUUUUCUUAAUGAAUAUUUAAAUGGCUUGGAAAUGGAGAUAGCUUUGGUGAGCUUUGACAAGCGGGGUGAUGGAGGCAGUGAUGGAGAACCAUAUCAAAACCAAAACUCCCUGGAUCAUCCACGCUUGGUCCACAACAAAGAACUCUACUCGAGAAGUCCACAGCAGAGCUCGUGGAAAAUGAACGACAUGAACAACACAAUGAUGGGCUGCACUGAGAACACGGUGGAUUAUUACAGUCCCCAUUUGUUUGAAGAGGACAUUAUGGAUAUGGACCAUGAGAACAACGAACGGGUUCUUAUCAAUAUCGCCGGCCUGAGGUUCGAGACGCAGCUGGGCACUCUGAACCAGUUUCCCGACACUUUACUGGGAGACCCGGACAAGAGAAUCAAGUAUUUCGACCCGCUCAGGAACGAGUAUUUCUUUGACCGCAACAGACCGAGUUUUGACGGAAUUCUCUAUUUCUAUCAGUCUGGCGGGAAAAUCCGGCGACCCGUUAACGUGUCCAUCGACGUGUUUGCCGACGAGAUCCGCUUUUAUCAGCUGGGAGAAGAAGCGAUGGACCGUUUCCGCGAGGAUGAGGGCUUUAUCAAAGAAGAAGAGAAGCCGUUGCCACAGAACGAGUUUCAGAAACAGGUGUGGCUCAUCUUUGAGUACCCGGAGAGCUCCAGUCCUGCGCGAGGCAUAGCUAUCGUCUCCGUCCUCGUCAUCACCAUCUCCAUCAUAACGUUCUGUCUGGAAACUUUACCCGAGUUCCGCGACGAGCGCGAGCUUCCGGUGACGAGUCGCGCGGUCAAUGCGACUCAAGAGCGUCCGUCGCUCACCUUCAGCGACCCGUUCUUCAUCAUUGAAACCACCUGUGUGAUUUGGUUCACCUUUGAGCUCUUCGUGCGCUUCUUUGCCUGUCCUAGUAAGUCUGAAUUCUCCAAAACCAUCAUGAACAUCAUUGACAUUAUGUCUAUCAUGCCUUACUUCAUCACCUUGGUCACAGAGCUGGCGGAGCAGCAGGGCCAGGAGCACAAUAACGGCCAGCAGGCCAUGUCUCUGGCCAUCCUGAGGGUCAUUCGUUUGGUUCGGGUGUUUCGUAUAUUUAAGCUCUCUAGACACUCAAAGGGGCUUCAGAUCUUGGGCCAGACUUUAAAAGCCAGCAUGCGAGAGCUGGGCCUCUUGAUCUUCUUUCUUUUCAUUGGUGUCAUAUUAUUCUCCAGUGCGGUCUUCUUCGCCGAGGCAGACGAACCCGAGUCUCACUUCUCCAGCAUCCCAGACGCCUUCUGGUGGGCUGUGGUGACCAUGACCACAGUCGGAUAUGGUGACAUGAGACCGGUGACCGUGGGGGGCAAGAUCGUGGGCUCGCUGUGUGCCAUCGCAGGGGUGCUGACCAUCGCGUUACCGGUGCCGGUCAUUGUGUCUAACUUCAACUAUUUCUACCACAGAGAAACCGACCAAGACCAGGCGUCUCUCAGAGAGGAGCCAAAUAAUGGUGGGCCUUUAAACCAAUGUGACGAUCUCCAUGGACUGAGGAAAUCAUCAACCUCUAAUUCAAAAGAUAGAGAGUAUAAUGAAGAAACAAACAUUCCAGUUGAGAAGACUAACAUGAAAGCUAACAGCAGGAUGGAUAUUAAACGCUCCCUUUAUACGUUUUGCUUGGACACUAGAGAAACUGACCUCUAGUUCGCCCACCUCUACUCGAUUGCCCAUCUUUGUUUCCAGCUUAAACUGUUUCUAUCUCAGGGAGACUGUCCAGGAGUAAGGCAUCUCUCAGAGAAGAGCACAGUGGUGGCCUUUCCAGCCCAUGUGAUGAACUUCAUGUGUUAAAGAAAUCCUCAAACGCAAGAGAUGGAGAACACUGUGUGGAAGAAGCAUCAUAAACGGGAUAUUAAAUGCUUCCAAGAAACAUCCAUAUCCAUGAAUUUAAUGCACCCAAAUUCUGGAUGAUCCAAUGAUCAUCGCACUGUUGAAAUCCUGGAAAGUUGCAGUUAUUUUAAUCUGUUAAUCUUCCGGGCAUCAGCAGCGUUUAAGCUUUACUUUUAAAAUUUCUUAUUCAGAAACACAAAAUUAUGCCAUUUUUUUUUUAUUAUUAUGUAAAAUAUUAAGUACUGCUGCUAUGAAUACAUGUUCAGUGUUGCCCAGUGAUUCAAGUGAAAAGCCAAAAUAAGUUUCUUCUUUUAAAACACGCUACUUAAAACAAAUGUACAUAUUUUUGUAAAAUAAUUGUUUGGUCUUUAGGGUCUCAAUCACUUUUGUAAUUAAUACUGUAUGUGUGGUUUGUGGCUAUCAGUAUUUUAUAGCAAUAUUUUUCCACUCUCAAAUUUAAAAGUCAAUGGCAAUAUGAAAUCCAGGGAGCACUUCACGUGAGAAAAGGACGUGUUUGCUUAUGAAUUCACCAAAACCUGUUUUCCUGAAGUUUGAUGCAAAAAGGAUUCAAGCAGAAAUGAUGGUGUACAGGAGAAAAAAACCCAACAAAUGACUGAACCAUGAUGAUCUACUGGAAACAGAGGAGAACUUCAAGAUGAUCCAGUGAUCCAUUUUCAUAUGAGAUCCCAGAAGAGGAGCCAUAAUCAUGACACCAGAAUCUUCAGACCUUCUGAAAACCUCUGCAGAAACCUGUGCCUUCAAACCCUGUGUAUUCAUCAUUUUUGUAUGGGACCAGCAUAUGAUAACUUCUGACAGACACCUUUAUGAACUGAACAGGUAAAAGUAAAAGUGGUAAAGGUGGUUUUUGAAGCCAUGGAGUUUGUGUAGAACAAACAUUUCUAAGAGGGAAUUAAUCCCACUCUGUGCAAUAUUAGCCUGUUUUGGAGUGACGUUCAUGUGUACGUUGAUUUUGGAUAACUAUGUUCAGUUUUUUUUUAAGCUCUUUUCCUGAUAUAUAUUUUUCUAAAACAGUAUUAUUCUCCAACAAAACAGACACCUAUGAACACUGCAAGAUUAGUGUUAGUAUUAACAAUAAUAUUGUUAGGCAAAGAAAAUCCCCCCUUUCUUAGACAGGGGAAAAGCCAUAGUACCUCUCAUCAACAACAGUGAUGGUGUUUAGAAUCACAUUUGCUGAAAUUGUGUCACAUAUGUGUGCACAAUCAUUUUA